UCGGUCAGGAGGUGGGCGUCGUGUUGGCAACGCCGCUAUCAUUUAUAUGAAGGUCGAUUCUCAGUUUAAAAAGUCAGGCGAUAAGGAUAUUGUGAAGGCAGGGGCGCGAUGAGCGAGCGGUCUCGGCCUGCGGCCCACCCGUCAUGGUUAAACUGGGUGCCGGCGGGAUGAGGUAAUCGAGUGCCGGGUUGGCCUCGCCCGAGGGCAGCCGGUGCCCAGGCUCCGCACCGCUACUCUUCCAGCCUUUCAUUCGGUCGCCUUCCGCCCGGAGUUUCGGGCCUUGUCUAUUGCCCGGGCCUCGCUUGUACCGCAGGAGUCGCUCCUGCUCCCGGCCCGAGGAUGUUCGGCAACAGCCGGCGUGCAGGCCGCCUGCCCUCGCUGCUGCUUCUCGGCCUCCUGGUGCUGGCAGCCGUCGUGGCCUUCAACUACUGGAUGGUGUCGACGCGGAACGGCAGGUUGCAGCUCGAACUGGCCGAGCUCCAGGUGCAGGUGAAAAAGACAGAUACUGCUAAAAGUCGUCUAGAGAAGAGGAACUCUGAGCUCAUGGGCCAAGUGGAUACUCAUAGGAGACGGCUUGAUGAAAAGGAGGAUGAAUGUCAUAAUUUGGGUAAUCAGCUGCAAAGUAGAGAGACUUUGAUGAAAAAAUGCAUUGAGGAGAAGGUUAAAUUUCAAAAUAAUAUAACGGAUCAGCUGUCUUUCAUUCAUCGGUUACAAGAGCAACUCACUGAAUUACGACAAGAGUUCAUAAGGCAGGAUGAACAACUUCAGGAGUACAGGCGGAACUCCACAUCCUUGGAGAAGAAAUUGGAAUAUGAGAGCCUGCAAUGUGGACAGCAGAUCAGUGCACUUAAGGAGCAAUGUGAAGAGAAAAUCAAAACUUUAGAGCGAGUGCGCAAACAAACUCCAAAAUGGCAAGAAGAUCCCAAACAAAAUGAAGCCGGAGAGGAGAAGGAGGAAGCACGUGAUGCUCGGGAAUCUGACGUGGAUUACAGCAAAGCCAAAGUAAAUCCUGAGAAUUUGCAACAGAUUGUUAAGAGCAAUAAACCUGUCGUUAACCUUGAUGGAAGCAAACUGCAAUCUCAUCAGGACAACGAUAUGGAAUUAUUAAAUGUGGGCAAAGCAGAUGAUGAUGCUGGAAUGCCUGGGAUAGAAGAAAAUGAACAGGGAAAGUCCAUGGAUAUGUUGGUUGAUCACAAAGACAAGAUGAACUUUGAAAGGAUCGAAAAACCACCAGCUAACAGCAUGGAGAAUGACGUAAAGCCUGACCAUCGGGGUCCGGCUAUGCAGGCUCCACCCAAGCUCGCUGUGCAGCAUGAUAAUCAAGCAGAGAAACAAGUCAAUGUAAACAUGCCAAAUCCUGGAGACCUUGACGACCAAGCCAACAUGGAAGAUGAUGAAGUUCAUGUCAGAGCAGAUGAAUUUGGAGAGUCUCAGAAUCAGCAGCAAGUCUUGGAUAAGCAGCAUCAAGGAAAAUUAAUGCAAUUAACAAAGGAGUCUGUCAUGCAGCUGCCAUCUAAUCAAGCUCCACACUUAAUUCCUGGCCAAGCAUUGUCAAAUCAUUUUCAUCGGCAGGGUGGGAAAGUCCAUGAGAAAGCAAAUGAGCUGAGAGAGCACGUUAAAGGUCAACGAGGCCAGUUCUUUGAUGAAAAUGAAUCCCCAGCUGAUCCGCAGCAUGACUCUAAAGUGGCGGAUUAUAAUGGGGAUGAUGGUAAUGUGGGUGAGUACGAGGCAGACAAGCAGGCCGAAUUGGCUUACAAUGAGGAAGAGGAUGGUGAUGGUGGGGAAGAAGACGUCCAAGAGCACUUUGCCAGCAAGAGAUGGAAGUUUCAGCUACCUGAGCACCAGAUUUAAGUGGGAUCUUGGACAUGUACUCACACAACUGCCGUCUGCUUCGUCAGACGAGGAGGAGCAAGACCUUCCAGAGGCCGUGAACAAUCCUGCUGCAUAUGAAAACCGACGGUUUGUAGUAGAUGGUUUGUAACUAUUUGAUACAAGACUGAGCCUGGGGUUUUAAAGGCUCUGGAAGGAAUUCUGAUUAUAACACAAUGCAAUAAUGCAAAAUCAUUGUAUGGUGUACCCUGGCCUUUACAAGUGCAUUACUUGAUAAAACUUGAACUUCUUGUAUCGAUGUUGGGUGAAGUAGAAGGAAGAGAUGCAGACUAAUAUUUCUUAAAGUUUAAAUGCAACUUGUUUAGAUUGAUUUUAUUAUUUCAAAUAUGUUGGGCAGGGGUGGGGUAAGUUUCGUUUCUCUGUACAUUAUUUUGUAUAUUUUGUACUUUUGAAGAUUUUAUGAACAAAAUUUAGUUAUUUUGAGUGGUUGAGUUCACUAAAUCAAUUCACAAAAUUGGCAAUUUAUUCAGAUCAGCGGUAAUCUGCUAUUUUCAGGUUAAUCAAAAUAGCACUUGAGAAGUGAUCUGUUUUAAAUUUACCAUAUUAAAAAAAACAAAAAAAACUAACUAAAUUAGCUGAGUUAUUUUGCCUUGUACAGCCAACUGAGAUUUUUUUUUGUUCUGCAUUGUACUGUGAAAACAGUGAAUAUUGUCUCUGUUCUUUGGAAGAAGUGACGAGAAUCUAUUCUGGUGAUUUGAAUGCAUUCUGACUUUUUAACAAACCAAGUGAAUGUAUAGAUAUGUAUUAAUUUACAAUGAGCAAAUUAAAUUAAUUUGAACUGUCUUCAACAGUAGUAUAGUUUGGGUAUUGAUUUUUGUGUGCAUUCCUUUUGUUGCUUCCAACAAUUUGUGUAUUGCAAUGUAAAUAAACUCCAGGGUGAGCAAUGAAACUUGGACAGUCCUACCUGCAGAAAGGUAUAAUACAGGCUGUUUCUGAAUCUGGGAGGGCUGCAAUGCAGUGCCAACUCUAAAGCAGUUAUAGGACAAUCCACCAUCUUAAAUUGUGGUACAGAAUGACUUGCCCGCCAGUUGAUAUGUUAUUUGAUGGGUAGAGAACUAUUAAUGAGCAUUUUAAAUUGGGCCUCUGUCCAGUGAAAAUUAGCUGUUGUGUCUGUAACACUAAAUAAUAUACAAGCCAAACACUACUUGGUGCUUUGGGUAUGGUCUUUGUUCUUCCUAGAUACAGUUAGCCACUUGUGGAAAUGAUCCUGCAGCAUUGGUUAUUAUCUACUAUGCAUAGCAAUGGGGCAAUACACUGGCUCUUUUUAAAAUGAUGUCAUUUUUUACAUUGUUUAAAAAUGUAUAACCCUCUAAUCUACUGUUGAAAUGAGAG